CAUCCAACCCUGAUCUGCUCUCCUGAGUUGAUUAGAUGUUAAUGCUAACUCUUCCCCAGUUUGUGUCUUGGCUUCCUCAGACGGGAAAUACAACUGUCAUUAAAAUGCGUCUUCAGGGCUGUAAACCGACAUUGCGAAGCCUGCCGUGUGACGUGACCUCAGCUGAAAGUUCUGAGUGGUUUGAGGGGAUGAAAAUGUUUGCUUUGCUUAUCUCACUUCCAGAUCACUAGAAGGGCCCUGCCCCUCUCGUCUGGCUUGGGACGUCUGCUUUCUCCACGUGCUUCAGAGAGGAAGGGUGUCCUUUUGCUGCAGAUAUGAAAACCUGUACAAGUUAAUCUUUUCCUGAAUAAAAGGUGUAGACUUUCCACCUUUUUUCCUAAGAGUCAGUUUUUUUAAAGUCAGUUUUCUAGCAGAGAGAAGUCUCAGCGCCUGUUCUGCAGUCCUGGCCCUAGAACAAGGUACGUGGUGGACGGUGUGAUUUUAAAAUGUAAUGAGGUCUUUUCUCAAUGGCUCUUCUAGCACAUACUAUGAGGUGAGCACUUUAGUUUCUUCCCAAACUCCCGUUGAAGAGUACCUGUCUACACCCACAGUAAAUGACAGCAGUGAGGAAGUCACAUCUGCAAACAAGGACAGGUCACAGCUUGGAAGCAGCGCUGCUCACUAAAGAAUGCAUCCUGUGAGACGCUGCUCGCCUGCCACACCGCCACGAACUGACUGGUUAUCGAUCACCUGGACUACGGGGAGACAGUGGCGAGAGCAGUAACCUGCAGGCCCUGUGGGCAGAGGCCACGUGUUGUGUUUUGCUUGUAUCCUGCGGUUCCCAGUAAACAGAGGAAAUGAAUGGAUGUGGACGAGGACUGGGUGGGUGCAGUGUGCUGAACGUAAUUCCCAAGAGUCUCGUGCUCAUCCCUAGCUGUUCGUGCGCACAUGCCUGAUGUUUCUGUCCAGCUUUGGGGAUGUUCUGCUUGGGGUGACUGGGAGAGAGCCACCGAGCUGCCCGGCUUCCAGAAUUCCUCCCUCUUCCCGACACCGUGACGCAGAUGGAGCCCGUGCCCGCAGGAGCCGAGGCGGAGCUGCGUGGCCGAGGGCGCUCGGGUCCGCCUGUGCUGGGGGGCCCCUCCCGGAACCCUGCACCGGGAGCGGCCAGAGGCCCGCCAGCCCAGCAGAGUCCAGGACCUUGCAAGUUUAUCAUCUGUUUCCUUAACCUUGGAGUCAGUUCAGGCAGUUACUACAAAAGCAAUUUGAAAGGUUAAAAGUGAACCCUGUGUAAAUUUAUUACUAAGAAAAUGAAAGGUGCGUUAUCUGCCCACAGAUAAUUGAGUGUUUUUCCAGUUUGAGACAUUUACUGGUAUGCUGAUAGCCUCAAAUAGCCGCUCUUAACCUUCAGGGUCACAACCCCCUUUGAGCAUCUGAUGGAUGACAUCUUGCCUGCGCGUGCACCCCCUCCCCCUCCCCGACGGUCUCUGUGCCCGGCCGUGUGCCCGGCCUUGUCCUGGGGGCCUGUGCUCCCCGCCUCCAGAACCGCCUGCAUCUGUACACUGCGUUCGCAUUCAGUCUCAGGGAUGGUGUGUCCAACUCCUGGAGCCCCCUAGAGUCAAAACCCCCUGCUCAGCACGGCUGCUGGGCCCCUGCGACUGCGGGUGUGGCGUGGAGGCCACUGUGUGGCACCUUUUGUUUUGGGAGCCCAGACUGACACGGGAGAAGUCUACAUCUGGCAGAGGAGCACUGGAUUCCAGAACAUUGUCUGAGGCGAGCGGAGAGCAGAGCGCCUUCCAGCUUUCUCUAGGGCUGUGUGCGUGGAAGCUUCAGUGGGUCUGCAUAGGGUUCGUGUCUGUUCUCUUACAGUCUGCUUUUAUAUCACUCGAUUUCAUCCCCAAAUCACUCAGAAAGUAGUUUCAUUUGGGACUAUUGGGUUAUUACUUAGCACACAGAAGGAAAAGUUACCAUGUUGUCAUGUUCUCGUGGAUUUGGGGGAAAGAAAACAGGCUUGAGCAAGAACUGGUGUUAGCGUUUUCCUACAGACACCCCUGGGGCUCUUAUUUAAUCACAGGACCGAACCAUGAGUCGACCACUUACAGCAGAAGGGGUUUGGGGAGAGUGGUGUCUGCUGUACGCACCACUGCGGAUGCAGGCGGAGACGGAGAAAGUGCAGAAACUGCGACUCGCUUUCCUUCGGUCAGGAAGUAGCGCUGGGCUCUGCUUGUGAGGCUUUUUUCAGUGAUCGUGUGUUUUUGUAGUUGGGGCGUUUCAACGAAGCUCUUUCUAUAGUUAGUAAACACUUGAUUAAGUGAUCUGAUUAAAAUAUGAGAAGGUCUGUUUUUCAAUGGAACAAGUUUUUGACCUGUAGAAAUAUUGUUUUAAACAUAUAUUUCUCACAAAACUGCAAUUACGUGAGACAAGACAUACUUUGCUACGUUGAGAUUCACUUCAUAUGACACAUUUUCAACGUGUUGCUGGAAAAAUUGACAUUGCGUCUAAAUCUUCUGUUUUAAGAUAGUUGAGGGGCUUGUGAGUGUGACCCUCAGAGUGCUGUCAGCAGGCGUGAUGGAAUACGAGUUCUGGAUCAAAGUACUGUUAGUUACACUCUGAAGAGAUGUGUGUGGUUUUGCAGAUUGAUUGCAUUCUCUGAGCUCUGAGUUGCCGGUGCCUGACAGGUCGUCUGUGAGGCUGGCCUUUGGUAGAACUGUUGUCAAAGUAAAUACACACGAAAUGAGCAUGUCUACACCCGUGUGGUGCUGGACCAGUGGGACACCCGGUCUCGGGGAGCUGGUGACAGGGUCCCAUCAACAGAGCGUGUGCCCAAGACCCCCAGACGUCUGAAGCAGAGUAACUGUGAGUGAGGCCAGGAGGGUGAGGGAGGACGCGGGGAGAGCCCGGGCCGUGAGCCCCGGGGAGGGCGGGCGCAGGCGGUGGGCAGGACGGCGUGCCUGCGGACUGCGCUGUUUCAUCAGGUCAGAGCAGCGGUGACGCUGCUGGAAGGUGGGACAGACCCCGAUGCCUUAGAUUUAGUUCAGCGCAGCGAGGGUCUGUCAGCUGUGCCGUGCUGGGCCUUGUGCUCUCAGGUCGCCUCCAGGGCUUAGGGCCCUUGUGGGAGCGGUCGUGUGAACUUAAUCACGGCACAUGCUGUGUUUUCCAGUCCAGGGAUGUACAGAAACUGUGGCAGCAGAGGAACAGGUGAGACUGCUUCACCUGGAGGACGUGGAGAGGGAAGACACCUCAGGAGUCCACGCUUGUUAUUUGUGGCCAGGGAGAUUUGGGGAUUAACCCACAAGGUUAUGGACCAAAUGAAAAUACGAAGUGGCCAACAAAACAGAGCACGUUUUUCCUAUUUAGAUGUAUUAUUACUACCUAUAACUUUUUCUUCUUCCUAAUUUUUUUAAUGUUUAUUUACUCUGUUAAAUCUCCUAGAGAACAUCCCCCUAAAAUGAGUAAGACGAGGAAGUUAGUAAAUAAUGGAGAAGAUGCCACAUGACCUUCUGUGAACCCGGGGGCAGUGCCAGACCUCGGGACCCCACUUCGGGGGCUGAAGACUCUGAAGACUUGGAAGCUCUGAUGACAACUUGCAUUUGUUACAAAUGGAAACUUUGUAAAAGAGAAAUCCAUCUUUUUCUUUGAAGAUCAUGAAUUCUCACUUAUAGUUGGACACACGUAUUAAUUAAAUCCAAGUUAGUGUGAUGCUUCCGCCGAGAGGCUGUUGUUUGUGGCAUCACCUUUGGAAUGAAGUUAAUUUAUUUAGAACAAGGGAGGUUGUUUUUACUUCCUAGUAUUUGUUUUUCUACUGUUUCCCCCAAAAUGUGCGAGGAUUAGUCACCCAUAGAAGAGAAACGGCCUGUCACCUACUGUGAACCUUGCAGUGUUUGGAGACCACAGGACCCCUGAUUGGUGAGGUGCCGCCAAGCUGUCAUGUGAGGAGAGCCAGGCCAGGGCCAGAGAUAACAGUGCUCUGUGGACUGUCAGGGCCAGUGAGGGUUUUGUUUUACAAGAUUGCGUCCGUAUCUGGCCAGCAAAGCGAAGGCAGAAGGUGCAUGAGGGAACGUUACUUUGAAGACAUUACAGAACACACGGAGGGAACGCGUUUCUAGUGCAAAGCUUUCCAAAUGGGGUGGAAGUACCGACUCGGCCUAGAGCGGCCAAGCACAGCCUGCUUCCCUUUGGCUGUGGGGCCAGAGCCUGCCUUCGCCCUGCCCUUGCCCUGCCCUCGCCCUGCCAGGCCAGGCCAGGCCAGGCCGGAACCUGCUUCCACACUCUCCUCCUCGCUUCCUCCUUCCCUACCCCCACCUCCAUCCAUCCUUCCUUGUGUCCUCCUGAGAGUUCCCGUGAACCUUAGUUUAGACAACACAGAUUCCCGUCUCUUACAACCAAGCCUGCAAAUCAGUCAAACAGGAAAACUGUUCUGGCACUCGACGUGUUUCACGUGUGUGGCGGGGAGGGGUUGAACCGGGUGAGGCACCUUCACGGGCGGACGAGGCCGUUGACCUGCGUGGCUGGGCCGACCUCCAGCUCCACCAUGUCAUGGCUCUCGCCUUCCGGUUUUUUCACUCUCGUGAUCUUUCGGAAGGGUAGUAGCCGAGUGCGGGCUCCCUACCAGAUGCCGGCCGCUGGGAACCGCCAGUGAGCGAAGCCAUGAAGGCCUGUACUGGGUGAGGGGUACAGUCAGCCAAGGAAUUCUGUGUUCGAGCACAGCCUCAAAAAACGAGUGUUUACACCAAAUACACGAUUCGACGUUCUUGGUCCUUCCACUGGGAUUAUUAUUGCACUCAUCUGAGAAAGACUCAUGAAGGAAAUGGGGUUUGAGGGGUUUUAAAAUUUGCGGCUUAUCCCUAAGUGCCCAGAAGAGGUUUGUGUAGUUCCCUCUGCCGGGUUUCCACGGCUUUCCUCGCGCACAGAGAGAACUUAAAUGCCUUCUUUGCUGCAUACUGACUGAAAAAUAUGUAUUUCCAAUUCCUUCAGGAGAAAUGGGCGAGAUUAUUUUUAAAGAGAGUGAGAGAGCAAGUAGGGCAGGGGAGGGGCGUUACCAAGUCAGACACCUGACCCCCCCCCCCCUUCAGCCUCACCGGUGCAGUCGAGUGUCACCACUGACCACCCGUGUGCACAUACGCCUUGUGCUCUGACGCUGCUCGGGUGUUAGCGCGAACCCUUGUUAAGACAUCACAAGCCACCUUCAUGAUUUGGAGUUGAAAGGUAUCUGGGGUCAAAUGUGGAACAAAUGAUAAAUGUCAUAAAACAACAGAUUUAUAGAAACAUUCGGUCGGGACGUAAACUGGACGAGGUAGAUCCCGAGGAACUUCCAGAAUGGACUCAAGCACCGUGCCUGUAAGGAUCAAGGGCUUUCCAUGUAUGUGUGUUUAAGGACAUUUGAUAGUCCCUCUGUGGCCUCUCAACUGGCCUCUUAAACUUUGAUCAGCUUUAGAGUUUUCAGCUGGAGAGGUUUACAAAGAAGAAAAUGCAUUAUGCGGCUCCCUCAGCUUGCGUGUCUGUUCGACCGACAGUAUUCAGACACGAAAUCUAACAUGGCGAUGCCGCUGCCUUGGUCGCCCCUGCCCUAGUCGCCCCGCAGGAUCAACAGCAGAGCGGCAGGCGUGCAGCAGACGGCGUGACCUCGCCUGCGGCCUCAGAGGCUGCUUUUUCGAUCGAGAAUUUCCAAAGCGUGGCAUGACCAGGGAAGUGCAAUUUCAGGACAUGGAGAAGACGGCCAAGAAGCUGUGUUCUUAGCGUGGGGAGCCACGUUCUAGCGUCACUAGACUGCUCUAGCGUAAAUCUCAACCUGCUCUCCCUGUUCGCCACUCCGCGUUCAGGUUUCUUACCUCCAGGAUGGAUGUAGGAGCAGCUGAGCUGAGCCUCGUGCACCAGGGUCCCCGGGGAGGCCGCCUCGGGGGCAGCCGGGCGGCUGGGCAGCGGCCGGUACGCGGGCAUGGCAGGCGGGAUGAAGGCUCGCAGCAUGGCUGGGCCCUGGGCUCCCGGCUGCUAUCCCGGGAGCCUUUUCAGACCCCGACACCGUCCCCGCGGUGAUGUCGAGCUCCCCACGAGUCUGCACCCCGGAUCCCAGGCGCAAGUGUUGGUUACAGUGAUGGCUUCAAGCUUCAGAAGCCCAGAGCCAAACUUCUCCUUCGGCUCUUUUCAACCUGGUCUUCUCCCUUCCUCCUGCGGCUCCUGCUGCCGGCACAGGCUGGCCUCACCCUGCGGCUUCCCAGGGCACUGGGAGUGAGAUGUGAUGCUUUCUGUCAGCCCGUCAGCUCAUCACCUCCCAGACGGGCUCUGGUCUUCGUAGGUCACCACCCGCUGCUUGUGCACAAGUGAUGGGUCUGUCAGGGCUGGAAACGGGGCCCAAGAGCAGGACCUGCCAUCGGAACGCACAGCUCUCUGCCCCUUCCCUGUGGAAUGUGGCUCACGUUGUAAAACUAUUUUAAGGAGGAAAAAGUUAGGCCAGUUCUGUGGUUUAUCUUGGUGCUGCCUUUCAGUAGCCGGGACUGUUGGUAAAUGUGUUUCACCCCCCUGGCUAUUUAAAUUUGACAAACUGCACUAACUGGGGUGAAUAGAGCUGCUUCAAAAUAAGCCAUUUUAGUCUGGGGGUUAUGCUGCUCUAGAGGUCAGUGGGCAGGCCCUGAGGAACUCCCUCAGUGCCUCGGACGCCCACCCCACACCCAGCCUUCCCUCCACCCGCGCCGGCGUCCGAGGGGUCUGUGCCGCGGGCUUCCUCCUCGUGUCCGCGGUGACCCUGGCACCCUGUCCUUGCAAGAACCUAGCUCCUUGUGUCAAAUGCCACAAAUGCACCAGGUGCCCCAGAACAGCACCCAAAGUACUUCUCCUUCCGUGUUGCGCUGACGAGGCUCAGGCAGCUGCUUUCCCUGCUGCUGGGCUGUGAGUUUCUUCAUUACGUGGUUUCUUCCCGGCUGCCACUUUUCUCCUGGGAUAGUUUUGGAAAAUUCAGUCUCCAAGGAAAGGAAGUUUUCGGUGUAGCCAGAUUUUGGUUUUGUAACGAGGAUUAAAGCCUCCAAAACACACAAUAUAUUCAGGUCUCUUAGUGGCUCAGUGUCAGCCAUGGGUCCACUCUCACUCGGGAGGACGCAGGGCGGGCGCCUGGGGGGCAGCCAGCGUGGGAACCAGCAAGAGGGACCUGGGACAGCCCUGACCCAGUUCUGAGAUGCUUGCUUAGCGAUCUUGGAAAGAAGGAAUUUCUUUUUGACAGUGAGGCUCUCAGCACACAGGCUUCAGAGCUCAGACACUGUUUUCUCAUGAGUGUCAGUGACUCAAAGAGGAGGCUGUGGGUGAACUUCCAAGAGGACGCAGUAGUGCCCCCGGGAGAAAGCUGGGCUUUUGUCCCACUGGCCCCCGCAAGUAGGUAAGAUAAAGAUUCUUGGUGCACUGAUCACACAGAGUGACACCCGUGGCCACCUUUUGGCAGUUGGUGAUUCAGACGUAUAGGCCCCUUCCAAAGACGCCUGCUUGAAACAGCACUGAAACGACAUCUCCUGUUCCUUUUGCUCUCUGAGUCUUCACUGACAAGAAGCAGAAACGCCAUGCGGAGCCACUGGUCCGCGUCCAUCUGCGGGAUUUGGUUCUAUGACACGGAGGAGUGCCAAAGGAUCGCAGAACUAAUGAAAAACCUGACUCAGUACGAACAGUUGAAAGCCCACCACGGAGCUGGAGCAGGAACCCCACCAAUGACCCUCAGUUCCAGAGAGGAAAAGGAAGUGGACAUCGUACGGAUGCUGGCCAGAGCCAAAGACGAGUACACGAAGUGUAAGACGUGCUCCGAGCCCAAGCCGAUCACCAGCUCACCUGCCGUCUGCCACAGCCCCAGCCUCAUCAAGCCCGUCCCGCUGAAGCCCGGCGGCCGGCCGCAGCGCCUCCCUCGGCCCAGCCAGACCUCAGACCUUGAGCCCCAGCACCUGUCUCUGUCGGCUCUCUUUGGGAAGCAGGACAGAACUCCAUGUCACGAGCCUGCGGGGCCUCCACGGCACCCCCCGCCGCCGCCGGAGAAGAUCCCGGUGAGGCCGGGGGCCGUCCGCUCCCUGUCCCACGAGGAGGCCAGGAGACCCUCACCCUCGCUGGAGGAGCAGCUCUGCCCGGCCAUCCAGAAGCUCCUGGUCCGGGGCACCGACCUCCACCUGCUGUCGGAGCUGCCAGAGCGCCGGCCCUGUGACCACAGGGGGGCCGUUGGGGUGCCCGCCCGGCCCGGCUCUCCCCGCAGCCCUGGGCCCUCCUCCGGUGUGCACAGCGCUCCCAGGACACAGAACCUGCUGGAGAAGCUGCGAGGCAGCUCCCGCAUCCCUGCACCUGCAGUCCCGCCGCCGCUGGCACAUCCCCUCCCGCUGCAGAUGCCAGGGCCCCGGGCGCCCGGGAGGGAGCAGCCUGGCGGUCCGUCUGCAGGCCCCGGCCAGGCCACCCCGCAGGAGCUGCUGCGGAGGCUUCAGACGGUGCCACAGGAGCCUCCGCUCACGCCCAGCCGCCCUGCCUUAGCCGCCAAGUUCCCUGUGGCCUCCCCCAGCGCCAGCGCGCCCACCCCACUGGAGCCCUGGAGGGACCGGCCCCCCGGCACGCAGACGCAGGCUCCUCUGCUUCAGGUCCUCUCGCCCCAGCGCGUCCCAGCCGCAGCGGCCCCUUCUCUGCUCAUGUCCCCCAUGGUGUUCACCCAGCACGCCUGGGCCCCGCCGCAGGACAGGGCCAGCGGGCUCUUGCCCCUGAGAAGCCAAGACCCAGCUGCCACCCCCACCGGCCUCCUCCUGCCCCUGCAGCCCUUGGAGCCGCCCGGGGUCACCGGCAGCCCCCUGACCAAGCUGCAGCUUCAGGAAGCCCUGCUGCACCUCGUCCAGAAUGAUGACAGCUUCUUAAAUAUCAUCUACGAAGCUUAUCUCUUCAGCACGACGCAGAUGGCCUUGAAGAAGACGCUGUGACAGCGGGGCGGUUUUAAACUCGUCCUCAAGGUCCACCAGUUCAAGGUUCUUUCACAUCAAGUGCUGUUCCCCAAAAUGUUUCUGCCUUUUUUUUGAAGUAUAUGCUACAUGAAGUAAAACAUUUCGGAUUUUUCUCAUCAA